AUGUCGCGCCAGCUUCGCCCUCUGCUUCCAGCAACAGCCAGAAGUACGCAGGAUCCUGAUCCCGCUUUAGAUGCCGCUGGGCCGUCGGCGGGGAAGCGCAAGAAGUCAACAAUCGCCGCCUGCGAGGCAUGCCGCAGGCGAAAGACAAGGUGUAAUGGCCGGCGGCCGAACUGCCAGCUCUGCCUCUCCCGUGGUUCUGAGUGCGUUUAUGCUACAGAUCCGGCCGAGACGCACGGCCAGGCGUUGAAGCGCAAGUACGGUGCACAGGAGGAGAGGCGCAACGCUCACGAGGAGUUCUACCACUUGCUCCGCUCCCGCUCAGAGGAGACUGUGGCUGCGAUACUGCAGCGUGUCCGCGCGGGGGCCAGCGUUGAUGCCAUCGUGCAGCAUGUCCACUCUGGCGACCUACUCCUCCAGCUUGCCGUCAGCCCCGACAGGCGUUAUCACUACAGCCUGGGCCGUGUGCUCAACAUUCCAGACUUCUUGAUGUCAGCCAGUAGCUGCUACAUGACAUCGCUCGUCUUUCGGAAAAUCUCCGAUCCCCAGUGGCAAUGGCCAUGGCCAUCGCUGCAGACCAGGACGGGCCUCUUGCCUAACACGAUGGACUAUCGCGCCAUGUACGAUGCGCCAUUCCACGUUGCGCAGAUGGUUGAUGUCGACGUGGAUGCGGCUAAGCCGUCGAUGUGGACCAACGUCUCGUCUGACGACGAACUGCUCCGUGAUCUUUUGAAGUCUUACUUCACACACGAAUACCUCUUCUUUCCCUUCUUUCACAAGGACUCCUUUCUCCAGGACAUGGUUUCCGGCCGACGUCGGUUCUGCUCGUCACUACUUGUAAACGCUAUUCUCGCGGCCAGCUGUCAUGGCCACAACAAACUCCCCGACCGGACUGAGUUCUGGAACCCGGCGUCUCUAUCUUACCGCUUUAUGGCCGAGACGCGCCGCCUCUGGGAGCUGGAGGCGGACAAAAAGACGAUUACCAAAGUGCAGGCGGCUAUGAUUCUCCACCUUGAAUACAACAAGAACGGGCUGGACAAGAUAGGUUGGUCUUACUGCCUCCAAGCGGUAGCCACUGCCGAGGAAAUGGGCCUCCUCACCACCUAUCUCCACCCAAGUUGUCCAAAGUGGAGGACCGCGCAAGAGAUAACAGCGUGGAUCGUCUUCACAUGGCAAGGUCUUCAAUGCUUCCAUUUUGAUCGGCCGCCGCUCGUUACAGCACACCCUAAGAUAGAACUCCCAGAUAGUCCAGAGUCUUAUGGAGAAGUCUGGGUGAAGUAUCCCACGGCUUACGCGCCGGUGCCUCUCCAUUUUAGCCAGAUCUUCAAGGCUAUAUGCGAAUUUCGCACUAUUAUGAACGAUAUCAUGUGCAGUGUAUUUCCUCCGUUUUCAGCAUCAAAAGAGGGGAAGAUAAUGCUUUCUGCGGCCCAAUCAGCGGAGUACCACGGUAGGCUACGGUGUUGGUAUGAGCAACUGCCAAGCUUCCUCAACCCACGGAACCUGAUUAUUCCAAUACAUUUCGAUGUACACAUGCACUAUUGGUUUACCACAGCCCGACUGUUUGAACAAGUCGACGUAGUGGAAGGUGAAAACGCCGACUCUCCGCCAAAGCAGGAGAGUCCCGGCGAGAUUGUUACACAUGCGCUGGCAAACCUCCAAACACUCAUACGGCUCUACUACUCUUGCCAUGGCAACGACACGUACAACAUGUUUCUCAUUGCCAUGUGCUCGUACAUCGGCUUCGGCGCGCUUCAUAACAUCUCCUCCCUAAACGAGUCGGCCGCCCUGAUCCGCGAGGCUCACGAGUCAACAGCGCUUCUAUGCGCCGGCGUACUUCACGCCCAGAGUAAGAACGCCUACCUGUCUAACAUCGUCUUUCGCCUUAUGCAACAGAGUCUACCCGCCACCGUAGCUACCGAGCUGGCCCGCUUCUUCCAUAUCGGCGAUGUGGACCAAGCUAAGAUGGCUAUCAUGUCGCGCCACAUCCAGUCGGCCUGGCCAGUACAUGUAGCGCUGAUGCCAGGUGAUAUUAAUGAUCGUCGGCUAGACAAUUUACUCCACGCUAUUAGGGAGCUUUCGGUCGACGAAGACGACAAGAAAGUGUCCAGGGAAGGGUCGACAGAUAUCCUGGAGAGUUAA